AUGGACGUACUUGAUGAAAACUGGGACUUUCCCUUGACGAAGGAUGUGUCGAGAGAUCUUUUCUCUUCAUAUACUGAUGAGGAGUGUUUCGAUGUCGACACGUUUCUUCUAGAGAAUAAGUUUCAAUUCGUUCCUUUGGACUCGCUUACCAAGGAAUUGCAUACUUUAACGGGGAAAAUGGAUCAAGCGCUUUUGGAAGAGAUGCAAGACAGUUACACGGAUUAUAUGGAACUUUGUGCAAGUUACUCAGAGGAGAACGAUACGAAGCACGAACUCCAAUUGGUGCAACAGGAUUUGAUUAAAUUCAGAGCAGAAUUGAAGGCACUGACCGAUGAGAAUAUGGCAACUACGAAGGAGGUGAUCAUAGAUACCUUAGAAUACCUUGACGGGCUGAACAAUCUUUCACGCCUACUCAAUGAUCACACAAUACUUCACAAGUCGUUGGGCCUCGCGGAAGAGCUUUGUCAUGGUCUGCAGACACUGUGCGAAGAUGAAGAGGAACUAGAGUCGCUUCUGUGUUGCGACUUAAUCAAGCAAUUACAUACCCUCAUCCAGCAGAUAUAUAUCGCUCUUUCGCGGGUCGGAAAAAUCAGUUCUCCCAUCGUAAACCAGUUGCGAAACGAAUAUCUGGGAGUUCUUCAGCAAUUUCGAGCUUGUUUAUGCAUACUCAGUGACAGAUGUAAUAAGGACCCUACGAAGUAUCAAGAAAUUACGCAGCUGCUGGUGGCAAUUUAUAGAUAUGAGUAA